AAUCGUCCUUUUUAUAACUGGCACCGUAUAUAUAAACCCAUCUCAGAAUAAGAGAGGUACGUAGAGCAUAAAGCUUAGAGAGACAAAGAAACAAAAACAUUGAGAUGGGUUGGUUUUUUAGGGAAAGAAGGGGUCCGGCAUGGAAGCAUGGCUGGACGGAGCAAACCCUAGCCUCAAUCUCUCUGCCGCCUCUACCGCUAGUCGCCAUAGCCGGCAUCAUAGUCCUUUUACUGUUGCUCAAUUCAUAUGCGACGUACAGGUCACAGAUGUGGCACACAGUCAUCACCUUCAAGUUAUUUCUUUUCCCACUGCCUGUGCUGCUGAUCUUUCUCAUGCACUCCAUCACCAAGUACGGCAGGAUUGUUAUUGCUGCUCCUGUAACGAAGAAUGACACGGUUCAUCAAGCCCAGAGCUUACCUUGGGGCCUGGCUUUGCUGGUGCUUGUGCUUGUGCUUAUGCUCUCUUACCAGCCUUAUUUUCAUUCCAUGUGGUGGCCACAUAUUCGAGGCUUUUACUAGUUCAUCAUCUCCAGUUUAAAGUUGUUCUGUAGGGGACUUGGGGGACCUAAAAGUUAGUAAAGUUGUUACCAGUUAAAUCUUGCUCUUAAUUUUAUAGGGUAUUAGUUAAUGCUAGUCUUGACGAGUAGUUUCUUGUAAUAAUAAUUUAUGAAAAUUGAUGGAGUGAUUAGAUUUUUCUUUAAACAUAAAUUUUACAUUGAGACAAAAGAUUAGCCCAGACACACAUAAUAAAUUAACAGAACCAGAGGCCAAGUCAAAAACGAAAGACACAAAUGAGAGUAUUUAGACUAAAAGUGUUUAGAUGGGCACCAAAACAUGACAGAAUCCAACCCUUCCAGUGCCACAACCCUAUGCAGGUCAAUUGGGAGUCUAUAUCAAGGGGUGAUGUACUGGAAGCCUUGGUCAGACCUUGCUCAGAGAGGAUGUUGAAUUUAAUCCGAAUCUCUGUUUAAUUACCUCAAUAGCAAGAGGAGUAGAGCCCUAAUGAGUCUCACCAGGCCACCAUUUUCACAAAAUCCCAUAAAAUCCACUCUAUGAAAGUGUCAUUCUAAUUUCAGACAUUUUCAAAAUAAUCUUACAUCUCAGCAUACCCUUAGCCCAGGACGCCAGGACCCCAGUCUGAGUCGCUGUACUUGACUACCGUGCUUCAACGGAUUUGACAGUUUGGCCACGCAAAUAAUAAUAACAAAAAGUUGAGUGAAACUAGUUCUUAGAGCACUCACAUCUGGCUCUUCAUCCUUUCUGCAUCCUCAUAUUUUGGGGAUAUUUUUAGGAUUUGAUCUAAAACCCUCCUCAAUUCGGUUCCCCAAAAUGGGGAUAAACUUUCCAGUUGCUACAGUAGGUCUCCAUAUAUAGGGACUCACUGUAUAUCUCCAAAUGUGAUUUCGAUUACCUCUCUCCUUCGACAUCUCGCGUCUUCUACCUUGUGACGGUUGGCUGCCCUUCAUCUCUCCUUCCCUGAAUCUCGCAUCACGCCGGUAUGCCCAUUCCAGAUUUUCCAAACUUUGAAUGAUAUUUGAUUCUACAAUCCCCAGCCCUACCCGAAAUGUUACUUUGUGAAAUUUACUGUCAUUUUCAUAAAUCUCGCAUCAAAUUUCAGUGGUGGUAGGUUCUUUUUUGAGCCUGUUUUUGGAAAAAUUAGGACAAGGGUUCAAAGGGUUUUGGGUUGGAAAAAACCCCUAGAUAUGCAGGGGACCUCCGGUUUCGAAUUUGGAGAUUUUUUGGAAACUGAUUUUGUUGAGUUUAUUUGGGGCAUUUUGAUAUCUUUAACUGCGAUGGAUUCUAUUACCUGAGAUUGUGAUUAUGUUUGGCUAUCUUCGGGUGGGGUUGUGAUUAUACUUGGCUAUCUUCUUUUUUCGUUGGUAUUUUUCUUCUCUGUGAUUAUAUCGGCAUGACUCUAUUUGAUAGUUGGAAUCAGUGUUUGUUUGUGGUUCUGUGAUGUUCUGUGAUUAUGCUCAAUGGAAGGGGGACGUGAAGUUUGGUGCUUUAUGUUGGCUUUUUUCCAGUAAUCUCUUCACUUUGUAAAUGCUUGGAUGUGUGCCAUACCUUUCUUGAAUCUGUGAUGAUCGAACAUAUUAUGCAUCUGUUGGACGAUUGUCAGCAGUUGAUUGUGUAAACUAAACCUGGUUGAACCUCUUAUUUUUUGACUAUUCUGGACCUUUGGUUGAAGAUUGGUUUAAUUACACCGAAUUUGGUUGCUUUUCAUUGUAGAUCUUGUUUCUGUUUUUUUUUUUUUUUGUAACAUUGGUUUCUUUUGUAGGUCUUGGUUUCAUGGAAUUGUUCUUGGUUUCAGAAACAAUCGUUCUUGGUUUCUUUGUAGUUCUUGGUUUCAUGAAUUUGAUGGAGGAAUCUUUUGUAGUUCUUGGUUUCUUGGUUAGUUCUUGGUUUCAUGAAAUAUUUCAGAUUAUUAUUUGUAAAUCUUGGUUUCAUUUGUACUUCUUGGGUUGAGUUAAUUUGAUGAUAGUGUUUCAUUACUAGUUCUUGGUUUCUUUUGUAGAAAUGGUUACCAAGUUAGUUCUUGGUUUCAUGAAAUUUUCCAGAAUUGGUUUUGUAGUUCUUGGUUUCAUUUGUACUUCUUGGGUUCAUGAAUUUGAUUUGGUUUCAUUACUAGUUCUUGGUUUCUUUUGGUCUUAUUGGUUUCAUGCAUUAGAUUUGGUUUCAAAUCUAGUUCUUGGUUUCUUUUGUACUUCUUGGUUGCAUGAAAAUUUUCCAAAACAUAUUGUAGUUCACUUGGGUUUCUUUUGUUUUAAAUAUAUAAUCUGCAGAGGGAAAUCAUGUAUAUCCAAUUCGGUUAUUCUUCUGUUUGCUGCUUCAUCUUUUGGAGUCUAUGAUAUUCAAUUCCAUAUUCAAAUGCAUUAUUGAUUAUUCAAUAGAGAUUGUGAGCUAUAAUAAAAAAUACAUGUAAUUUUCUGGGGAAAAAACAUGCAUACCUUGUUUGAAUAUCUAUCUAUAUAUAAUAUCUAUCUAUAUGCAACUGUCAUUGGUAUAAAAUAACACAUUCAUUUUGAUAUUUGAUGUUGGGUCAUUUGCAGUGUUGCGUAUCUCUCAGGGGAGGGGGUUUAUAUUAGGCUGUGAUGAUGGUGUUAUAGUUUGGGUUAAGUCUGAAGUGUGUAUGGGGCCCCAUCGAUAUGGUGGGGUAAUUUUCACCCGAAUCGCCAUAUUGCAGUUUGUGGUACAUACCACAAAAGGCAAUCGGGGUUCGGGUGAGAUUUUGCAGCCAUUCGAUGUUGGGCUCCUUGCUUACACAUGAUGUCAAUAUUUACACCAAUCUGAGCCUUUAUAAUUAUUUAUAUAUUCAAUAUAUCAUUAAACCGGAUGGGGAUGCUCAUAUUUUUGGUUAUUUUGUUUUGCAUGUUGUUUGGUAUCUUGAUUUAAUUUGGUUUAAUUAUGUGUAAACUAAACCACAAGGCUAUGAUGAUGACAACCGUUUGUGGGGAUCAUGUGAAAUAAAUGGUCAUUUCCGUAAUGUUUAGGUAAUCAGGACGGCCAAUAAGUAUUGGCAACCGGUUGUAGCAGCCAUCAGUGGGUGGCCAACUUUCCAAGAUCAUACCAAACGGUUUAUGAGCCAUCCACCCGGACUAACACCCCAAACUUUCUAACUUUCGUUUCUAACAUUUUCAAUGCGUUUUUAGCGAUGGAUUCAUAAGACUCUGGACAUAUGUUCUUCACGAAUCUCUUAAGUCAAAAUCCUCAACUCGACCCCACUUAUGGUGGGCAAAGUGAAUCAUCUCCAAUGACCCUUGGUGACUCUUCACCCCUACCCCCUAAUGAGCCUAUCGGCAAUAGGAAAUCAGUAAGGGGUGCAAAUUUCAACCUCGAAGAAGACAAAUUACUUGUAUCGGCAUGGCUAAAUUGUAGCCUUGAUGCCGUUCAGGGAACAGAUCAAAAACACUUCAAACUUUGGGAGAAAAUUUAUGAGUACUUCCAGCAAUUUAAGGAAACCACAAAUGACCGGAUAAUAAAGUCUUUAAUUCAUCAGUGGUCAGUUAUCCAAAAGGCAACAAACAAAUUUUGUGCGAAACUAGCCUAAGUUGAAGGGUUAAAUCAAAGUGGCAUGACCGAACAAGAUAAGUUUGAGAAGGCAAAGCUAAUGUACAAAUCACUCGAGAAAUGUUCAUUUUAGUUCGAGCAUUGUUGGCACUUGUUGAAGGACCAACCUAAGUGGAUUUGGCGCGCCACAAAGGAGGAUCCAAAGCGGAGGAAGACGAUGUCCCCAUCCCUGACCCCAACUCGAUGUUCUGACGCUACAGUUGAUUCAGUUUUUGAUAUCGAGGCGGAUCAAAUGCUGGAGAAUGAAGUUAUCGAGCCCGACCGACCAAUUGGAAGGAAAGCUGAGAAAGGAAAACGAAAGGCCCAAGGCAGGCAAACAGAGGGAAAUUUCCAACUCAAGAAGAUGAAAUAUACUCUUUUGAAGGAGUCACGCGCUCAGGAGAAAGAGUUUUAUCGCCUUAAAGCCGAGAAGAUGGAGUAUGAAAAUGAGACAGAGGCUAAAAAAUUACAUCUUGAGGAUGAAAGACUGAGGUUGGAGGCCGAGAAGAUGUCGCUUGAUCGAGAAAAAGAGCUCAGUAAAAUCCGGCAAGAGAACGAACGGCUGCGGUUGGAGGCUGAGAAAGUGGAGAUUGCAAAGAAGAAAUCAGAUCAGCGCAUCAUGAUGAUGGAUGUGAGUGUCAUGCCAGAAAUGCAGCGACUUUAUUUCCAGCAACUCCAGAGGGAAAUCAUGGCGAGACGCAUUAGAGAUGCCGAUUUGGAUUGAUUAUUUAUGAUCAUGUUAUUUAUUUUAUGUUUGGGACAAUUAUGUUUGGGACAAUUAUUUUAUGAAGCGGGUCUUGAUUAC